GGGAACUCUCCGGGCGCGGGUGAGCUAAAACUACUGACAGUCUCUCCAACGUAUUUCUCCAUGGACACCUUCUUCCAUUUUCCUCUUCCCGUCGUGUCCGCCGCGACAAGUGCCUUUCGAUCGUAGCUUUUUUCUUACAAAAAAAAAAAAAAAAACGACACAACCCAACAACAAUUAGGGAGAUUUCGAUCAUGGGCACUGGGAUUUUCCUGGCUAUAACACGAUCUUAACAUGUAUCCGAGCUUUUUCUCCUUCUGGGUUCGUCUCUGUUUCCUCCUUUCCCACCUCUUUCAAUCCUCUCUGAAGCUCAUCUUCCGAUUCCAUGAAUUUGAGAAUGGAGGGAAUUCCGAGGAGGAGGAGAAGGACGAUAAUUACCAAGCUCUACUUCAUCGUGACGAACAAGAAGAUUCCGAUGGGCGUAAAAAUGGCGGAUUGGGGAAUACUAUUGCUGAAUUGGACACUACUGUUCCAUCGGGGGGAAGUGGUAACAAUAAUAAGUACGAGUUCGUCUCAUCUGGGGAAGUGAUGACUGGAUUCAUAGAAGAACCCAGGAUUUUGAAAUUCACGGUCUAUGAAGCUCCUCUUAACGAUGACGAGAAGAAUUUCCAAGGAGAUGAAUUCGAUGCAGAGAAUGGUUGGGACUUCUUUGAUCGUUCCCUGAUUGACAAAGUACAAAAACGCAGCACCAAGUUCAUCGACGAUGAUUAUGAUGAUACUACUGAGAGUCCGGAGGAGGAAGAAGAAGAGAAGGGUUUUGGCUACGAAGGAUUUUCAACGGAUGAAGAAUCUGAAUCGCUUGGAUUUGAAUUAAUUUCAGAGACGGCGUCAACGGAAGAGGAACUUAUCUCUGAAAUUGAAGGUUUCAGUGAUUUGGGGAAAACAGAGUAUGAAACAGGGGAAGGUGAAGAGAAGAAGGAAACAGUAGAAGAAACAGAGAAAACAGAGGACUCUGUUUCCGGCUUAGCCAUCGAAGAAGAAGCUUCGGGUGAAAGACUGACAGAAGUAAAGAAUUCCUUCCGUAACGAAGAAGAUGAGAAAUUUCCGACAGAAAAAUGCGUUCCACCAAUCAAAGAGUACCAUUUCUUCCCUUACAGAGCUAUUUAUGAAGGAUCAGAACCCGGGAAUCUAGGAGCUUCCAUUGAUGAACAAGAGGUUGAGAAGAUGGAAUCUGUUCAACCCCCAGAAUCCAACGAUUCCGAAGCAGGAUCCCAACCACAUGAAGAUGAAGAAGAUGAUUACAGCGAAGAAGAGGAAGAAUUCAUUGAAUUUGACCCAAGGAAUCGGGAUUCAUCUACUUCUUCCAUUAAUGAUCACACAGUGGAGCAAGAACCAAUCCAGCAACCCGAACCGGGAAAUCCAGUCGAACCGAGCAUCGAGGAGACCGCUUUCUUCUCGAGUUACGAGAAUGAAGAAGACGAUACAGAUGCACUGUGGGAGCACUGCGACAUAGUCGAACAGCUGAAGAUGGAGCUCAGGCAGGCCAGAACCGGUGGCCUGCCGACGAUUCUCGAGGAAUCGGAGGAGACGGGAGAAGAAUCAUCAUCCAAUUCUUCUCCCAAAGUGGCUCAGGAACUGAAGCCGAUGAAGAUCGACGACGACAAGGUCGAGUACAAAGAUCUCAUUGACAGCAUCCACAAAGUUUACAGGAAUUACUCAGACAGGAUGAAGAAAUUGGACAUCCUCAACUUCCAAACCAUGCAUGCUGCAGGUUUACUGCAACUGAAGGAAGCAGUUCUAUCCCAGCCGCCACGGAGGUAUUCGAUCCCUGCGAUGAAAUCCGCUGUGCUACACAACUGGUGCAAGCUAGGCAAAGUCGCGGCGGAGCCGAUGAGGAAGAUCGUGGCGGAUUUGCAGAGAGAUUUCGAGGUUGUGUACGUCGGACAGCUCUGCCUUUCGUGGGAGUUGCUUCACUGGCAGUUCUGGAAGUCCCUGGAGCUGAUGAGGUUCGAUUCGUCGUCUCGAAGCUCGCAUCGGUAUAAUCAGGUGGCAGGGGAGUUUCAGCUUUUCCAGGUUUUGGUGCAGAGGUUUGUGGAGAAUGAGCCUUUCCAGGGUCCCAACAGGGUCCAGACUUACGUCAAGGAUCGUUGCGUCGUCCGAAACCUUCUUCAGGUCCCCAUGAUCAAAGAGGAUAGCUUGAAGGAGGAGAAGGAAAAGGAGCACGGAGAUUACGAACUCGUAAUCACGAGUGAAUUGCUUGCAGAGACCAUCGACCGAUCGAUGAGACUUUUUUGGGAAUUUCUUCGAAACGAAAACACCUCCCUACUCGUAUCGCAACCUCACAUUGAUCCCAACGAUCAGGACACUACGAACUCGGAGUUCUUCCAAGAAGUCAGAACCGAAUUUCACAAGAAGGACAAGAAGCUGAAGGAAAUCCUGAAGACAGGGAACUGCUUGCUGAGGAAGUUCCAGAGGAAUCAGGGAUAUGAGGAAUGCAGCAGGCAGAGGGAAGUAGUGGUGGCUCAAGUCGAACUGAAGCUCGUCUCGAGGGUUCUGAGCAUGAACAGCGUAACGAUCGAGCAGCUGAUCUGGUGCCAUGAGAAACUAGGGAAAGUCAGGUUGUCUAACAGGAAAGUCUUUGUUGAGCCUUCAUUUCUGCUCUUCCCUUGCUGACACACACACACACUACUCUAAAGAUAGCAACUUUGAAAGACCCUAUACAUUUUUCCUUUUUCUUUUACUUUAGGAACAACAGGUGUAUAUGAAAAGGAUUUUAGAGGUAAAGAUAAACCCACUACUAUGCUCAACAAAGCCAUCUUUUCCGGUUCUGGGUUGUAGUAUUAUUGAGGGUGGUUGAGGUUAUUGGAGUGACUUUACUUUGAAAAAAGGAAGUUGAUGAUGCAAGAUGAAGAAAUUAAAUGCUGGUUGGUGGGUUGUGAUCUUCAAUUUGGAGUGUAUAACCCACCAACAAUAGGAUUUUGAUGGGCUGGGGUUAAAUUGCUGCAAAGCUAAGCUGGCUGAAUCGGGGAAAAUGAUGGUUGAUCCCUGUUUUUGUUAGGUAGAUUGGGAUUUUGGGGAAAGAGGAAGCUAGAUUAUCAAUUAGUCUGGUGUUUAAGAAAAAGAGAAAGGAAUUCAGAAGAGAAAACAAUCAAAUCUACAUGAUUUUUCGGUUUCUUUAAAUCGAAUCAUAUUGUUAUAAUGGUUUUUGGUUAAUCAAAUCUCUUUAAGGGUUCACUUUGGUAUUCAGGGGAAAUACUUGUUUCGGAUUUCGGAAUUACGGUUAGAUUUAAGGGAUCGGUUAGCUUGCUAAUCCUUCUAAAGG